GCUGGGGUCGGUGUGACGGGGCCGGGGGGCUGUGAGGAGGCUGGGGGUGCUGAGCACAGAGGUGCAGUUCUGGGCAGUGCAAAGCUGGGUAGGGGGCACGGGAUUCAGGGGUGCAGGAUCUGAAGGUGCAGGGGUGGAGAACACAGGGGUGCAACCAUGAGUGCAUGUUCUGUGGGUACAGAGCACAGAGGUUCAGGGCUUGGGGAUGCCAUGUACAUGGGUACACGGUGCUGGAUGUAGGGGUGCAAGGGCUGGGGGUGCUGGGCAUGAGGGUGCAGGGUCUGUGUGUGCAGGUCACAGAGAUGCAAAACAUAUGGGUGCAAGACUUUGGGUGCCAACAGGGUCCCUUCCACCCUGACGCCAUCCAGGGCUCUCCAGAAGCACUAAUGGAGAAGGACAUCAACGGCUGCCAGGAUGGGGCGAAGACAGAGCCAAGCGCCAGGCUGGGCACCGAGGGGACAGAGACACAGGUGAGACCAGGGGAACACCCGUGGGGGGAAGCAGGUGUGUGGUGGCCAUCCCCAAGUGGUGACAGCUGCCAUCAUCCACAGCUGGACGAUUUUGUGGGUCCUCACCCUGACUACAAUGAGGAGGAAGAAGAGCAGAAGUACUUUCGCCGCAAACGCCUCGGUGUCAUCAAGAACGUGGUGGCUGCCAGCCUGGCUGGCACCCUCACUUACAGCGUCUACCUGGGUCUGCUGGAGAUGCAGCUGAUCCUUCACUAUGAUGAGACCUACCGGGAGGUGAAGUACAGCAAUAUCCGGUUGGAGGACAUUGACCGCAAGGUGCUGAUGGGCAUCAACGUCACACCCGUGGCAGCGCUGCUCUACACACCCAUCCUCAUCAGGUACGGCCCCGCCACGCUCCCAGCCAGCAUGGAUCACUGGCAGGGCACCCACACUUCCUCUCCUUGCCCUGGCAGGUUCUUUGGCACCAAGUGGGCCAUGUUCCUGGCAAUUGGCAUCUACGCCCUCUUCGUCUCCAGCAACUACUGGGAGCGCUACUACACGCUGGUGCCCUCUGCAGUGGCCAUUGGCAUGGUGAUCGUGCCCCUCUGGGCCUCCAUGGGCACCUACAUCAUGCGGAUGGCCCAGAAGUACUACGAAUACAUUAACUACAAGGAGGAGCAGGAGAAGGAGAAGCAGCGGGCACCACGGGACGCCUGCAAUGCCUACGUCAUCAUCUUCCAGACCAUCUUUUACUCCUGCUUCCACUUGAGCUUCGUCUGCGCUCAGAUGCCCAUGGUCUUCUUCCUCAACAACUACCUCUACCAACUCAACCACACGCUCUUUGCAGUGAGGCACUGCGGUGAGGCUGCGGGUGGGGCGCAGGGCGGCACCGGGAGCCCCCCGCUUGGGAUUAACCACGGCCUGUGCCCCACUGGCAGGGACCCUGAGCCACGGCACGCUGCCUGGUUUCAACAAGACGGUGCUGCAGAGCCUUCCCCGCAGCGUCAACCUCAUCAUCGUGGAGAGCGCCUUGAUGGCCGCCGCCUUCCUCGCCAUGCUGGUGGUGCUGGUGCUGUGCGGCGCGGCGUACCGGCCCAUGGAGGAGAUCGACAUGCGCAGCAUCGGCUGGGGCAACAUCUUCCAGCUGCCCUUCAAGCACAUGCGGGACUAUCGCCUGCGGCACCUCUUCCCACUGUUCAUCUACAGUGGCUUCGAGGUGCUCUUUGUCUGCACGGGAUUUUCCCUGGUAGGAUCUGUGACGGGGUGGGAGGUGAUGGAGCAGGGACAGGUGAUGCUGAGCCCGUGCUCACUGCAGAACUACGGCGUGUGCGCCCUCGGGCUGGAGAGGCUGGCGUAUCUUCUCAUGGCCUACGGCUUCUCCGCCUCGGUGUGCUCCAGCCUGGCCCUGUGCAUGCUGCGCUUGCGCCGGCACAUCCCGCUCCUGGCUGGAGCCCUCAUCCACGCUGUGCUCCUGGUGACGCUCUUCUGCUGGGCGCCGGAACCCCGGUACCUGGCGCAGGCACCGCUGCUCUACAGCAUUGCCGCACUCUGGGGCACCGGCAGCGCCCUCAACAAGACCGGAAUCAGCAUCCUCCUGGGGAUGUUGUACAAGAAAAAGGAGCGCCAAGACUUCAUCUUCACCAUCUACCACUGGUGGCAGGCCCUGGCUAUCUUCGCCGUCUACCUGUGGUCAGGGCUGCCCAUGAAGGUAAGUCCCAGAUAUGCCCCAGCCCACUCGAGAGAUUCCAGGCUUUUUGGGGACACACCCCCACGACAAUCCCAAAACUCCGUGUGCCUCAGGCCAAGCUGUCCAUCAUGCUGCUGACGCUGGUGGUGGCGGUGGGAACAUACCUGUGGAUGGAGCGGAAGGUGGCGUGGAACAUGGAAGUGCGGCUGCCCCGCAUCCCACGCCCACGCCACAAAACACGUGGAUACCGCUACCUGGAGGACAACUCAGAUGAGACUGGCUCUGACGGUGACGGGGACAAGGAGGAUGAUGACAGGCACCCAACUGAGGCCACCAGGGAGGACGAGCUGCCAAAAGAGGACGGGGAGCUGCUGGGAUAGGGAGAGCCUGUCCUGGGCCUGCUCUUGGUACCUGAGGGGGUUCCACAGCUCUCCCCGGUGGGCCCAAAAUUCUACAAACCCCCUCAGGUCAGGCUUGCAGCCCCCAAGCUAAGCCUAAAGCCCCCAGGCAGCCCAGAUCCCCCCACAUUGGCUGAAGGACCCCCACUGGCCCAUGGAUCCCCUAGGUCAGGUCCAGAACCUCCAGAUUGAUCUACAGCCCCCAGCUUGUGGUACAGACCCCAGGCAGGCCCAUAGCCCCCCAAAUUAUGAUGUAGCUGCUCAGGUCAGACCUGCAGGCCCCGAUGCCAGCCCCAGAGCCCCCACACACAAAUCCACAGCCCCUCAUACAAGGCUCACACCCCCCCCAGGCAGAUCCACAGCCCCCCAGAUUUGGCCAAAGCCCUCCCCAGGUGAGGCCCACAGACCCCUGAGCAGAUGCACAUUCCCUCUAGCAAGGCUUGCAGCUCCCCACAAUGUCCUGCAGACCCCAGCCCUCCCGUAUUAGCCUAUUAGCUUCCAGACCCCUCAGGGCUACCCUGGAGCCCCCCAGGCAGAUCGGCCCCUUCCCAGACUGGCCCAUAGCCCUUCAGAGCAAACCCACACACGCCCCAGGCAGACCCUGCAGCCCCCCUAGGUUGUCCCGGAGCCCUUCUAGCUCAGCCUGCAGCCCCCCAGGCCGGCCCCGCAGCCUUCCCGACCUAUCCCACCCCCAUUUUCCUUCAAUAAACCCCCUCCCUCCGUGCCCUUAGC